AUGAAGAGCAUGAGUAUGAAGGUCUAUUUUGACAAGUACAAUCCCAGCUCUGAGAAAGGCAAUGAUGUAAGACACUCUUUGGCCGGCCUGGAUUACUCUCCGCUUCCUCGGGUGACGGCUCGCUCAUUGGCCAUGGGCUGCCUGGUUUCCAUGGGUGGCUUAAUCUUUGGCUAUGAUACCGGACAGAUUUCGGGCUUUUUGCAAAUGCCAGAUUUCCAAAAACGCUUUGGACAGCCGACAUCAGGUGGGAAGCAUAAGUUCAGCGAUGUCAGAUCCGGCCUUAUAGUCGCAAUGCUAUCCAUUGGAACGCUACUUGGCGCUUUGCUCGCGGCUCCAUUAGCGGAUAGAAUCGGUCGUCGGUUCUCGAUCAGUUUCUGGUCUGUCAUUGUCUCCGUCGGGUUCAUCGUCCAGAUCGCAGCCGAUUAUGCAUGGAUUCAAGUUAUGAUCGGUCGGCUAGUUUCCGGUUUUGGAGUUGGUGCGUUGUCAGUGCUUGUACCCAUGUUCCAAGCUGAGACUGCUCCGCCUUGGAUCCGUGGCGCCUUGGUCUGCACCUACCAGCUUUUCAUCACGUUCGGCAUUUUCCUGGCCGCAUGCUUCAAUUACGGAACUUAUAAAGGCCAACAGAACAACUCUGCGUCGUGGAGAAUUGUCCUUGGCCUUGGUUGGAUAUGGACACUCGUCCUGGGCGCAGGCGUGCUCCUCUUUGACGAAACCCCACGAUAUGCGUAUCGCAAAGGCAGGACCGAGGCUGCCAAGGCUACUCUGAUGAGGGUGUACGGUGCUCCAGCUAAUCACUACGCUAUCUAUACACAGAUGGAGGAAAUAGAGAGCAAAUUUCGUGCCGAGGAUCAAUCGAAAGGCAAUGCCAUCCACGAAUUCAGAGUGAUGCUUAGAGCACCAAGAAUGGCAUAUCGAAUUGUGCUCGGCAUGAUGCUACAAGCACUGCAACAACUGACGGGCGCAAAUUUCUUCUUCUAUUACGGGACUACCAUAUUCAAGUCUGUCCAGAUCAACUCCUUUGUGACCCAAUUGAUCCUUAACGGUGUCAAUUUCGGAGUCACCUUCAUUGGCCUCUAUCUCGUUGAGCACUAUGGGCGAAGGAGGUCUUUGAUAGCGGGCAGUCUAUGGAUGUUCGCUUGCUUCAUGGUUUUCGCCUCAGUCGGCCACUUCUCGUUGGAUGACAAGGACCCAUCGAAAACUCCCAAGGCUGGUGUGGCAAUGAUCGUCUUUGCUUGUCUGUUCAUCUUGGGCUUUGCUACAACAUGGGGCCCAAUGGUUUGGACUUUGAUUGCCGAACUCUUUCCCUCACGCUACAGGGCCAAGGGCAUGGCAAUGGCAACCGCAAGCAACUGGACCUGGAAUUUCCUGCUCGCUUUCUUCACCCCUUUUAUCGUCAGUGCGAUCGAUUUCCGCUACGGCUACGUAUUCGCGGGGUGCAAUUUGGCUGGAGGACUUCUCGUAUACUUCUUCGUCAUUGAAGGUCAAGGUAGGACUCUCGAAGAAAUUGACACCAUGUACAUCGAACAUGUGUCUCCCAUGAAGUCGAGCAGUUGGGAGCCACCCUCGACGGCGGAAAUGGCACGAAUCAGGCAGCAGGCUGGGACUGAGGUGGCCCAUUCGGAAGCACAGUCAAGGGGGAUCUACAGCGGAGAGACCGAAAGAGGGACUGACCAUGGCAGAGAAGUAAGGAAGGCUGAGAACGACCAUGUUGAGAAAGUGUGA